GGUCCCAUCUGGGCAGGGUCCGAAUCAACCCGUAACCGUAACCACGUCUAGUGUCACUCAAUAGUUAAGAGCUUGAAAGUAAUGGGACCUCGUUAUGAAAAGAAAUAAAGUGUAGGGACCUAACAUGAAAAUUCCACUUUCACAAAUUAUGGCAUCUUUCUUUAUGUCCAAACAGUGUCCUUUCGCCACACCUACAGCUUACAGCUUAUAUUCCUAUAUAUCAGUUCUCUCUCUCUCUAACUUCUAAUUAUGAAGAAUCAAAAUUAGGGCAAAUUAAACGAAAACUUGCGAUUCAGUUACAGAAAUCAGUAUCGGUGAGGUUUAAUUAUUUUCCAUUUUUUUUAAUUUUUCUGGGUAAAAUUUUCUACUUACUUUAUACCCUGUUUGGGGGGAUCAAAAUUCUUUUUUUUUUCUGAUUUUUUUCUUAAUUUGUAGGAUGAAUUUUCUGCUUUCAAUUUCUUUUGUGGUUCGAUAUCCAGUUUCUGUACAUGAAAUUAGGAAUUAGGGCUUGAAUUUUUGAAUUUUUGAUUUUCUUUUUUUUGGAUUGAAAACCUUAUUUCUGUUAGGGAUUUAGAUUCUGUUAUAUAAAACUGAAAUUAUCCAGCUGUGAUGAAUUUCUACCACCGGCCCCACCGGCUGCUGCUGGACGCACAGCUCGGCGGCGCGCCGCCGAGUGACGGCGGCGGAAGCCACGGCGGAAGGGAGAAUCUCGACGCCAACAUGGUGAUAAUUCUCGGAGCCCUCCUGUGCGCUUUGGUCUGCGUGCUCGGGAUAAACUCGAUCGCGAGAUUCAUGCUCCGGUGCGCCCGAAGGGUCGACGCCGGGGAGGAAGCGCCCCCGCGUUUCUGCGGCGGCGGGGGCCUCGAGAAGGGAAUGCUGCGUCGGAUACCGGUGGCGGCGUACGGAUCGGGGGGUGGGGUUUCGUUUUCGUCGACGGACUGCCCCAUUUGCCUCGGCGAGUUUUCGGACGGGGAGAAAGUGAGGGUGUUGCCUAAGUGCCACCAUUGUUUUCACGUCGGGUGUGUGGAUGUUUGGCUUGGUUCGCACUCGUCGUGCCCGACCUGCCGGAGGCCGCUGGUGGAGGAGCUGGCGGAAUCCGGCGGCGGCGGCGAGGUGGGAAAUGCGUCGGGAGGGCAUAUUGGUGAUGUUACUACCGCAGCCUCUGCUGAGGAUGUGGGCUGAUUAGUUAUGUUUGAUGAUUUUAGUUUUAGAUGAUGUUAGAUUGUUUCUUGGUUUAUUUUAGUCUUUGAGAUUGGUUUAUAUUUUGUCCUUUGAAACGUGAUUUGAUCGUUACAGUGUAUAAUGUGUUCAUUAAAAUAUAAAUAAACAAACACUUUUCUUUCUUCUCAAA